AUGGAAACUUGCCACUUUCAAUCGCAAGGGAAGAAAACUAGAAUUGGUGCGGGUAAAUUAACAGCACACGUCUACCCAUCAACAGGCAACGAGAUGAUGUUGAACAAAGCGCAAUAUUUCACCAGAGACAAGGUGUUCGGGAGCCGUAGAGAGCAGGGGUCAGGAGACAGGGAGCCCAGGAGCCGUAGGGAGCAGGGGUCAGGAGACAAGGUGUCCAGGAGCUGUAGAGAGCAGGGAUCAGGAGACAAAGAGCCCAGAAGCCAUAGGGAGCAGGGGUCAGGAGACAGGGAGCCCAGGAGCCGUAGAGAGCAGGGGUCAGGAGACAAAGAGCCCAGAAGCCAUAGGGAGCAGGGGUCGGGAUACAAGGAGCCCAGGAGCGGUAAGGAGCAGGGGUCAGGAUACAAAGAGCCCAGAAGCCAUAGGGAGCAGGGGUCAGGAGACAAAGAGCCCAAAAGUCAGAGAGAGCAGGGGUCGGGAGACAGGGAGCCCAGGAGCCGUAGAGAGCAGGGGUCAGGAGACAGGGAGCCCAGGAGCCGUAGAGAGCAGGGGUCAGGAUACAAAGAGCCCAAAAGUCAGAGAGAGCAGGGGUCAGGAGACAAGGAGCCCAGGAGCCGUAAAGAGCAGGGGUCAGGAUACAAGGAGCCCUGGAGCCAUAGGGAGCAGGGGUCAGGAGACAAGGAGCCCAGAAGCCGUAAGGAGCAGGAGUCAUCAAUCCAGUUUCGCGAGCUGGAGACUUACCUAACAACCGUCGACAACCAGCAGGUGAGAUCCACCCUCACCGACUUCAUCCAGGCGUACAAAUGUGUGCGCAACGGCAUGCAGCAGAUGCUGAUGGAGCGUAAACAGAUGGUGAGUAGCUUGAAGACGGCGCCGGUAUGCGCGGUCAAUUUUCCUUUCCCUACGACAGAUCCUCUUAAGACAUCCAAACCAACGACUGGAGCUCCAAAAGAAAAGGACAAGACAAGGCAACUUUCAAAACGUUACCAGCUCGAGAAAAACUCGGAUCCACACAGGCUCAAAACGAAACCGAACGACAACGAACUGCUCUCCGGUGCUUUGCGCAACUUGAGCAGUUUAAAAUCAACGUUCAGCCAGAUAGAAUCCGAAGAAAUGGCCCUUACUGACGAAAUAAAAAGCAAGCUACGACUCCUGCAGACGAGGAAAUCCCAGCUACGCCACCACGCCAGCGUCCUACUAUCCAAGACACACACCCGACAACUCCGACAGACAAAAAAAGCUCAGCUCACGAAAUUGGCCACGCUAAUCGAACAGACGAAACAGCUUUUGAAUGAAAAGACGGCGGAUUCCUGCGACUCGAACCGGAAGUGUUUGGAGCACAUCGAGGCGAGCUUAACCCCGCUAGACGGCAUGAUCGCGGCAGCCUUCACCUUACAAGACACCUUAGACGAGCUCGAGUUUGAAAAACUCGCACUCAACUUCGACUUGAAAAACAGAGAAAGUUUGAGCGAGACGGCCACAAGCAACCAUUGUUCAUCCGCCGGCUCGUACCGGAUGUGUUGUCAAGGCGACCAUCUGCUGGCAGACAAGCUCAAGACGCUGGCCUACUCGGUGGACACGAUGAAGAACUCGCUGCUGGGCACCAGGACGACGCUGCAGACACUUCUGGACAUACGACACGCGGACGGGGGAGAAAACCCGGGGGACGCUCCUCUUUUCCGAGCUGACGAAGUUGUGUGCAAGAAACAGGUGUUGAAAGUGGUACAACAGCUGGAGAUAGCUUCACGCAAACUUGCCAGUGCCGCCAUCAGCCAGACGAUAGCCCUCAGGAGCGAGGCGCUACUCGGCAUGACCGUCUGCUCGCCCAUCCACGAGACCUACCUGAACCGGUUCAGCCUCAUCAACAACUUCACCCUGGGGAAAGGCAAGAGACAGAAGCGGAAAUGCGUGUGCUGCGCAAACAGGUCUGCGCAGUCGCCGUCGCUGGACGGUGAAGAAGACACCUACGCUCCAUCAGGCGAUCUCUUCAAGCAAUCGCUGUCCGACCUCUCCCUUCCCGCCGAGUCCAACACCAAGCCCCAGGACAACGCCACAGAGGAGCCCGCGAACGACGGUCACGUGACCAGCGACGGCUUGCUGUUUCCGCUUUUCAUGAGCGACGACAGGCUGGGUCUGGCGGAGAUCUUAUCCCAGGAUCAACGAGGGAAGGACAACUCUGAUCACCUCUCGUGCUACACGUCAUCCGAGGAGGAGGCGGAUAUACUCAACUUGCACUCGGGGAUGAAAUGGAGACACUCGGGCUACUGUCAUGCACGCCAGCAACUGAUGACACCAUGA